AUUCGCCCUAGCUUGUCGCGCAUACUGACAGGUGGAGUUUUUAUCUCAGACAGUUGAAUUCCCCCCUCUUCCCCUUCCAGUAUGGCUGCAGACUCGAUGGAGAUUGACGACUCUCUUUACAGCCGCCAGCGCUAUGUGCUGGGAGACAGUGCUAUGCACCAGAUGGCCCAGUCCUCCGUCUUUCUCAGUGGAAUGGGUGGACUGGGGAUUGAGAUAGCAAAGAAUAUUGUCCUGGCUGGUGUGAAGGCAGUCACCCUUCAUGACACAAAGCAGUGUGAAACCGUGGAUCUGGGCUCCAACUUCUUUAUCCGCAAAGAGGAUGUUUUGAGCCAGAGGAGAAGGGUGGAGGCAGUGUGCCCUCGGGUUGCAGAGUUGAACCCUUAUGUCCAUGUCGACACAUCUUCCUCUGCUUUGGACGACAACACAGAUCUCAGCUUCCUUGGAAAGUACCAGUGUGUUAUUCUCAGCGAAGCCAGAUUGAGUCUACAGAAGAGAGUCAAUGAGUUUUGCCACUCACACCAACCCCCUAUCAGAUUCAUCGGCUGUGAUGCAUACGGCAUCUGUGUGCGGGUGUUUUGUGAUUUUGGAGAUGAGUUUGAGGUGUCAGAUCCCACAGGAGAGGAGCCCAAGGAGAUUUUCAUCCAUAGUAUAACGCAGGAUAAUCCUGGGGUGGUGACCUGUAUGGACAACCAACCCCACGGCAUACAGACAGGCCAGAGUGUUGUGUUCAGAGAGGUCCACGGCAUGGUGGAGCUCAACGGCACCGCAAGGCCAGUUUCAGUCCUUUCCCCUCACAGUUUUUCAAUAGGGGACACAUCCCAACUGCAGUCAUAUGCACAUGGGGGUUUCUUUGUUAUGGUGAAAGCCCCCAAGACGUUCAGAUUUGAGACGAUGGAGAAGCAGUUGUGUGAUCCACAGGUCAUGACUCCAGACUUCAGUAAACCAGAGGCCCCACUACAGAUCCAUGCCGCCAUGUGUGCUCUGGACGUCUUUCAGGAGCAGCACAGUAGACUUCCCAACACUGGGUGUUUACAGGAUGCUGAGGUUUUACUGAAGCUAACCGAGGAAGUGAAUGAAACUCUCAGGAACAAAGCUCCUGUGAAUACUGAGUUGGUACGCUGUCUCUCGAGAACAGCGAGGGGAACUCUUCCUCCGUUAGCAGCAGCUGUGGGAGGUCUAGCCAGCCAAGAAGUUCUUAAGGCCAUCACAGGGAAGUUUGCACCCCUGCAGCAGUGGUUUUAUCUCGAUGCCAUCGAGGUUGUCAGGCCACUUCAGUCUGUUUCUGCUGAGGAGUUUUUACCAAGGGGCGAUCGGUAUGAUGGAUUACGAGCUUGCAUCGGUGAAUCGAUGUGUGUAGAGCUGCACAAGCUCAGGGUCUUCAUGGUGGGCUGCGGUGCCAUUGGCUGUGAAAUGCUGAAAAACUUCGCCCUGCUUGGGGUGGGAUUGGCUAACAGCUCAGGGGAGGUGUUCAUCACAGACCCAGACCUUAUAGAAAAGUCCAACCUCAAUCGGCAGUUUCUCUUCAGACCACAUCAUAUACAGAAACCGAAGAGUACCACGGCAGCAGAAGCCACUCAAGAGAUCAACCCGGAGCUGCAGGUGGACGCUCAUCUCCACAAGGUGUGUCCUGCUACUGAGAGCGUCUACAACGACGUCUUCUACUCCCGUCUGAACCUGGUGGUCACGGCGCUGGACAACGUGGAGGCUCGGAGAUAUGUAGACAGCCGCUGUUUAUCCAAUCAGAAACCUCUCCUGGAUUCUGGCACCAUGGGAACUAAAGGACACACUGAAAUCAUCGUGCCAAAUUUGACAGAGUCCUACAACAGCCACAGGGACCCCCCAGAAGAGGAGAUCCCAUUCUGCACUCUCAAGUCUUUCCCUUCUGUCAUAGAGCACACUAUUCAGUGGGCCAGAGACAAGUUUGAGAACUUGUUCGUCCACAAGCCCUCCAUGUACAACUCAUUUUGGCAGACCCACUCCUCGGCUGACGCGGUGCUACAGAAGAUGCAGGUGGGAGAAAGUCUGGAGGGGGCCUUCCAGGUCGUUAAACUGCUGAGCAAACGGCCCAGCCAGUGGGACCAGUGCGUCGUUAAUGCCCGACUGAAGUUUGAAAAGUAUUUCAAGAGAAAGGCCCUACAACUGUUGCACUCUUUCCCGCUGGACACGAGGUUAAAAGAUGGAAGUCUGUUUUGGCAGUCCCCAAAAAGACCUCCAGCACCUUUUGAUUUUGACUUGAAAGACUCUUUGCACUUCACCUUCAUUGUCAGCACUGCCCGGCUCUUCGCAGGGAUUUAUAACAUCCCUUACUCAGAAGCGGAUAUCUCUGAAGAGGCGGUGACCAGGAUUCUCUCAGGAGUAAAGAUUCCCGAGUACAUGCCUUCACAGAAAUGCAUAGAGACAGAUGAGUCGGCGAAGAAGCCUGAUUCCAUGAAGAUGCCUCUAAGCAGUGAGGAGGAGAGGGAGGCCAUCGCACAGCUGGAGCAGGCCAUCGCUACGGACAACGUCACAGCAGAGAGGCUACAGGUGAGUCCACUGCUGUUUGAAAAGGACGAUGACCGCAACGGCCAUGUUGACUUUGUCACCUCAGCAUCUGCUCUGAGAGCCAGGAUGUACGCCAUCGAGCCCGCGGACAGACUCAAGACCAAACGCAUCGCUGGCAAGAUCAUCCCCGCUAUCGCCACAGCAACAGCUGCUGUGGCUGGACUGGUGGCCCUCGAGUUGAUCAAGGUGGUUGGAGGCUAUGAUUUUGAGUCCUUCAAAAACUGUUUCUUUAACCUGGCUAUCCCUGUGAUGGUGCUCACUGAGCCUGCCCCACUGAAACAGACACUCAUCAGGGACAACAUUUACUUCUCCAUUUGGGACUGUUGGACCAUCUUUGGCCAUGAGGACUUCACUCUCUCUGAGUUCAUGAAUGCAGUCAGGGAAAAGUAUGGAAUGGAGCCCACUAUGGUCGUACAUGGUGUGAAGAUGCUAUAUGUGCCUGUGAUGCCUGGACACUCAAAGAGACUCAAACUUACAAUGCAGAAGCUGAUCAAGCCGUCAGUGGACCGCCGCUACGUUGACCUCACCGUGUCCUUCGCUCCAGAGGCGGACGGAGACGAUGACCUCCCCGGCCCCCCCGUCAGGUACUUCUUAAGCCGCAAUGGAGAGACACCCUGACACCUUCCUGGAUGUCGUCUUCAAACCUCUUGUGUCCUUACUUCCCUUAUUUCAUGUAAAUUCUUGUACCCUAAAUAACCUGGGCCAUGGCCAAGAGCUUUCCCUCAGGAUGUUUUCUGACACGGGCAAAGCCCCUGGCCCAACACCGGCCCCCUGUAAGUAAUGGAGCAAGACAGUGCCAGUCCUGGAGCCAGAUUUGUUCUAGCCCACACAAGGCUGCUUGAGUAGCACUUAACUGUACCUGUGUACAUAUUUUCUCUGUUCUGUUUUCUACUCUGGUGAAAUGCACAGCUCUGCCUGUGUGGAUGCCUUAAUUGAUUCAUAACAUUUGUUUCUGUUUGUGGCAGUGAGUCUGACUAAAAACUAUGUUUACAGAAACUUGCAUACUCCCUAUUUGUCUAAUUUCUGUUUAUAGUCUGCAAGUCCCUAAAGCGGGUGGUGAUAGGACUGUAGGGGCAGGGAUGUGGAUUUGUAGUUGGUAGGCAUCACGUCUUCUUCCUCUGUCCUCUCAUUGGCUAGAAAUCAUAAUGUAUGUACAAUUACCAGGUGCAAAAGGUCA